CCGAAAGUCUGGUGUUUGCAUGCGAAAUACUCCUCGCAUCCAGUCCGUGUUUAUCUAUCAUAGUUCGAGCUUGUCCGUUUGUACGAAAGUGAACACUGUGUUACGCAAUACGAUUGUUGGGUCUUGACCAGUGGUAACAGAAUACUAUUGAUAUGCAGUAAGGGAUAGAAUAACUAUUCAUUGAGAUCAGAUAACUCCUGCAGCACCGAAGUAUAUUAUAUAGGGAAGAAAUUCCUUCAGUUACAAUCAAUAGCUAUAAGCAACAGCAUUGAAAUCAAGAAUUACGGUCUAACUAUGCAACAAUGACAUUCCAUGAGGAAUGGAUUUCCCCAAAGAAAAAACAUUAUUAUUGCUUUUAUUACUGACGUUCCCUUCUGUUUCGAAACAACAAGCAACAUGUCCAUCGCCGGAGUCCAUCCUCCCUUGCAUAUGCACACAUCGGCAGGAAGAUGCACAAAUAUGGUGCACACACAGCGACUUAAUGCAAGUGGUAAAAGGGAUCCAAAAAAUCGGAGAAUUCAUAAGAAAACCAAUAGAUGAAAUUAUAAUUGAAAACAAUUAUUUACCAUCUUUACCAGGAAAGCUAUUUCAAAGUGUGAAGAUACUACGAUUAAUGCUCCGACAUAAUGGUUUAGAACGCGUAUCUGCAGCAUGGUUGGAAUCUCAAGAAACAAACCUUUUAGAAAUAUUUAUAGUGGAAAACGAACUGAAAAGCAUUCCAUCGGAAAGCCUGAUGAAGCUACAAAAUCUACAAGCUCUGACAAUACAAUCGCAAAAUUUAAAGAGAAUACCACCUUUAAUGAAUAUGCCAAAGCUACGUUACGUACACAUCCAAUCGGAAAGUUUGAACAGUAUACAAGAACAUACUUUUCAAAACCUACCUAGUCUUGAGAGAUUAUUCAUUCGUGGAAGUUUAACGCUGCAAACUUUAAAAGAAAACGCUUUCUUCAAUUUGCCCAAACUUAGAAAGUUGGAUAUUACAAAUUGUGGCAUUAACAUUAUCCACAUGAGAGCAUUAUCUUUACUUCCAGAAUUAAAAGAAUUUUCUUUGAGCAAUAAUAGAAUAUCAGAUGCAGGUAUGGUUGGAAGAGCUACGAGGGACCUGCCGAUGCUCUCCAUAUUAAACUUGAAUCAUAAUAUUAUAAGUAAACUGAAUGAAGGUGCUUUUGUUGACCAACCUAUGUUGGAGACUCUGUUUUUAUCGAACAAUAAUAUAAACAUAAUCCAUCACGGAGCUUUUCAUAGAGUACCUAAAUUAAGAGUUGUAGAUUUAAAUCACAAUGAAAUUAUUCGAAUACAUCCUGAGUCAUUUUUGCAACAAUCUGGCAGUGGCGUUGAAGAGUUGUCUCUUAUCGGAAACAAAAUUAUGCACAUAUCGGAGUUUCGAGCCUUACUUGAUGCUUUACCUCGAUUAAGAUAUUUAGAUAUGAGUAGCAAUUUGUUGCGAGAAAUUCCAAGAGGUGCACUCAGAGGACAUCCAAGUUUAGAGCGACUGCAUUUAAAUAAAAAUAGUAUAAAAGUAAUAGACGCCGACGCAUUUGUAGCGAUGCCUGCAUUGAGGGAAUUACAUUUGAGUAAUAACUCUCUAAAUGACAUGAACGAGGGUCCAUUUUGGAAUUUACCUGCCUUGAAGGGUUUGGACUUAUCACAAAACUAUUUUCGACGCUUACAACCGAAGCUAUUAUACAACCUUCCAGCAUUAAGAAGAUUUGAUUUGAGCAAUAAUCAACUAUCAAUAAUAGAUCCCAUUUCUUUUAUGGAAACGCCAUUGUUAGAACAUGUUAAUAUAUCGGGAAACUCUUUGGUAUCUAUACAUCCAGCUACUUUUAGGAAUUUGCCAAGUUUAUAUGAAUUAGAUGCCAGUUCAAACAGACUAGUUGAAUUCGUACCAGGAUUGCCAAGAGGCUUAGAACAGCUAUAUUUACAAAGGAAUCAAAUUACGAAUUUACCGACCUCACCUUCCCCAGAUAUAGAUCUACCUUCUUUGAGAACUCUGGAUAUUUCAAACAAUGGUAUUCAAAAGAUACCUCACUCUGGCAUGAAGACACUUCACAAUUUACGAAGAUUGUACAUGAAACGAAACGGCCUGAGGCAAAUCGAAGUUGCAACUUUUAGUGAUUUAGAACGUUUAGAAAUACUGGACGUAAGUGAUAACCAAAUUAUGACUGUUCACCCAAAAAGUUUCAGCAAACUAGGAAAUCUUAAAGAAGUGAAUUUACGUGGAAAUAAUAUUGAAAAUUUCGAAUUCAUAGCAAUCCAAAAUAAUGGCGCACUGUCUGCUAUUGAUUUUAGCAAAAAUAAACUAAAAAGUAUCAGCCCAAAUUUAGUUAACAGAGGUUUAGAUGUGGAAAUAUUAAAUAUAUCAUCAAAUAAUCUUCACGAGCUACCAAAUACUCUGAACAUGUUAUCCAAAUUAAAAGUGUUAGAUGCAAGUCACAAUCAUUUAAAGCACUUCGAUGGUAACAUCAUUAACAACAUACAAACAUUAGCUGAAAUAAAAAUGCACAGUAAUAAAAUAAUUGAACUACGCACUGGCAGUUUUAAAGAUUUAAAAAAUUUAGAGACGAUUGAUUUCGAAAACAAUCAAUUAGAAAUGAUUCAUCCAAUGGCCAUAGCCAGUCUUCCCAGGUUAUUGUCCAUAUAUUUAAGUAGAAAUCAUAUUGUUGAUGUACCAGAUCGGACAUUCUCAAAUCUUCCAAAGUUAAGAAUAAUUGAAAUGCAAGGUAAUAGAAUACAGUUUAUAUCAAUGCAUGCAUUUGAAAAUAUACCAUUGGUGCAAUACCUAAAUCUAAGUAAUAAUCAGCUAACAAGUUUAGAAAACUUAGGCAUAAAACAACUUAUUUCUUUAGAAGUUCUGGAUUUAAGCUUUAACAAAAUAACUAAGAUUACCAAAGAAUCGUUUCAAUACAUGGAAUGGCUUGUGGAACUAAAUUUAGAUAACAAUCAUAUAUGUCACAUAAGUAAUCAGCCUUUUGACUACAUGCCAAGGUUAAAGGUGUUGUCUUUGCGACAUAAUAAAUUAACAUCUGUACAUGAAAGUAACUUUGCCAAGUUAAGAAACAAUAUUGCCAUUUUGGAUAUUGAUGGUAAUCCACUUGUGUGCAACUGUGCAAUUAUUUGGUUAAAAGCUUGGCUAUCCGAAUCUUCUUCCCUUGGUCCAAAAUGCGCUGAUGGAACAUAUGUAAAAGGUAUGACAUUUUCUAAAAGUGACUGCAUGAAUAUACCUAUUCAUGUUUCAGACAUGAAAUCAUGUGUAACAUUUGAAAACGAAGCAUUAUUACCGAAUUUGCAAACAUCUCAAGUUUUUUCAUCAUUAGACAAAAUUAAAGAUUAUGAAACUCAUAUAAAAAACAACUACCAUGGUAACAAAUUAAGCAACAGACCUUUACCAGAAGAAUCCGAUUAUUUUUACGAUGAAUAUGUAGACUAUCCUUAUAAUGAAACAAUACUUGAAAAUAUGAAUGGGAACAUGAAUCAGACUGACAAAUCUAAAAAUCGCAUUAGCAGCAACAUAUCUAACACUCCUAUAAAAAACACAACAAAUACAAAGACAGGCAUUGCAUUAAAAGUACCAGUGCCGUCCAGUGGUUUCACAUUCUUUGGAGUUCCUCUACCAUCAAUUGACAUGGGAAAGCUAUUGAACACAGGUCGAAAAAUUGAUUGGUCAGAUAAUAGAAACAAUCAACAUAUGAAAAAGUAUCAAGAAACAGAACCUCCAAGAUUUGAAACAGGCGGGUUUUCACCAAUGCUUCCAGUUGCAUCAGAUGGCUUCAUGCCAAUAGCAAAUCCAACAAUAUCUCAUACAAUGAUAGGAAAUGAAGUUUCGUUAGCUAACAGUAAAACAGGAAGUGUUGGGCAAAGUGUCUUAGCUGUAGACAAUAUACCACCAAAAAGAACAGUUCAUAACAAUGCAACUCAUAAAAAAACUAAAAGUGAAAUACAUGAAUUAGAAGCCUAUCGUGGUGAUGACAAUACUACGCACAUUGCUUAUAACAGAACUAAGAAUAUAGAAGAACAAAAUAGUGACCCGAUCCACUUAAGAAAAUAUAAUCUUAUGGAAUCUAAUAUGACUAUAACUCAAGCAACAGAUAAAGAAGGUAUCAUAACAACAGAUACAAGCAAUGAUAUGUCUUUACAUGGAUGGCUUGAGACCACUAGUAUUUUACCAUCAUCACCUUCAGUAACAUCAAAACCACCCAUAAAAAAGCACAUAGAAAAACAAUCCAGCCAAAGUCAACCUACAGCACUUUCUGCCAUCCUUUUACCAACCAAUGAAGAUGUAGCUAAGAACCACAGUAGAACUGCAACAAUAACAAAAGUUAAUAUGCCACAUGCUGAGCAUUAUGAUCUUCGUAAUAAUUAUGCACCAGUUAUUAACCGUGAAGCUAAAACCAGAUUCUCUGAAACUAUCGAAACUGGAAACACCAAUACCAACACAAAGAGAACUGAUGAUCAUGAGUGGUAUUACAAAAACUAUAACAAAACGAAUCUAGAUCCCUAUGUUGCACCUGGUAUUCACACUUCUUCAACCUGUAAAAUUAUUUCAAAUUAUAAUACUCAAGUACCUAUAGUUAUAAUAUAUUUAAUGUUGUUGAUAUUUUAAAUACCAAUUAUGAAAUAAAAGUUUAUUUACUGCAUUGUGUUUUAUUCAUUACAUUUAAGUCAUAAUAUUAUAGUAUAUAAACUUUAACAAAGGGGUUCAAAGAUUAUUGGCCUAUGGUAUGGCCACUAUUUUGAUUUUUAGGGUUCCAUGCCUCAAAAGGAAAAAGGUACCCUUAUAAGAUCACUCUGUUGUCUGUCUGUCCGUUCGUUCGUCCGGCUGUCUGUCCAUAAUUUUGUGCCACUUCUAGUCAGUAGAUAUCUACAUAACAUGCACUGCUAUCUUGUUUUUCUGUUUAAACAAGUGUUGACACAAGGACCAAUGAAAAUAAACCCUUAAAAUGUU